AUGGAUCAGUCACGGCAAAGCACGACGGCGUCUCAGCCACCGGAAACACCGCCCCAGCCAUCGGAUUCGGCUUCGACACAGAUUCAACAACCUCCUUCCACGAAUCCGAGCUCCUCCUCCAUUUCAUCAAUUCCUUCUUCCCCAACUCCACCACCACCGUCGCUCAAUCCAAACCCUAAUCCUCCUCAAUACACGCGUCCGGUGACAUCUCCGGCGACGCAACAGCAACAGCACAUCUCCCAGCCUUUGGGUCGACCUCCUCCGCCGGCGUACUCGAGACCAUGGCAACAACACUCCUCUUACACUCACUUCCCAUCCGCUUCGUCGCCAUUGUUAUCUUCCUCAUCAGCUCCGGCCUCUUCUUCUUCUUCUUCUUCUUCGUCUUUACCUAUAACUGGGCAACAAAGAGGUGGCAUGGCGAUUGGCGUUCCAGCUUCCCCAAUUCCGAGUCCUUCUCCUUCUCCUUCACCUUCCCAGCAUUCGCCUUCUGCUUUUCCCGGCUCUUUUGGGCAGCAAUACGGCGGAUUAGGUCGUGGAACUGUCGGAAUGUCAGAAGCUACGUCCAAUACAAGUGUCCCACAGGUUAGGAUGAUGCAAGGAACUCAGGGAAUUGGGAUGAUGGGGACACUUGGCUCAGGCUCACAAAUGAGACCAAGUGGGAUGGCUCAGCACCAACAGAGACCAACUCCAUCGUCUCUAAGGCCAGCUUCCUCCCCGAACACCCAGUCUCCUGUUACCCAAAACUUUCAAGGACAUAGCCUUAUGAGACCUUCACCUAUUGGUUCUCCUAGUGUUCAAUCUACUGGUGCAGCACAGCAAAGCUUGCAAGCCAUUAAUCAACCGUGGUUAUCAUCUACUCCCCAAGGGAAGCCGCCUUUGCCACCCCCUACGUAUAGACCACAAGUAAAUUCUCCCUCCAUGCAACAAAGACCUCAUAUUCCUCAACAACAACAUCUUUCCACGUCAGCGGCAACUUCACAGCCUCAGCAACAACAACCUCAACAACAAAAUCAGCCUCAAGAGCAGCUUCAACAACUUAGAUCUCCGCAGCAGCCUUUACCUCACCCACAUCAACCAACCCGGGUCCAAGGGUCUGUAAAUCAGAAAGUUACUUCUCCGGUAUUGCCAAGCCAGCCUCCUGUGGCUCAACCAGGAAACCAAGCUAAAAUAGUUUCUGCAGAGAAUGAGGCGUCUGAUGAUCGUAUCCUGGGUAAACGAAGUAUCCAUGAGCUACUUCAGCAGAUUGAUCCGUCAGAGAAAUUGGAUCCUGAGGUUGAAGACAUCCUUGCUGAUAUUGCCGAAGAUUUUGUAGAGUCAAUCACAACUUUUGGCUGUUCUUUAGCCAAGCAUAGAAAGUCAGAUACUCUAGAGGCUAAGGACAUCUUGCUCCAUGUUGAAAGAAACUGGAAUAUCAGGCCUCCUGGUUUUAGCAGUGAUGAGUUCAAGACGUUUCGAAAGCCACUGACAGCAGAUAUUCACAAAGAGCGACUUGCCGCUAUAAAGAAGUCAGUCAUAGCAACGGAAGCAGCAAACGCCAGGAUUUCGUACGGGAGAGGCGGUCAGGCAAAGACACCUGCUAAUCCCUUGGCUUCAACUUUCAAUAACUGAUGUAUUAGGUUAACCAACCCUCGAAUCGUGCUUGGUAGGAGAUUUUCAUUAAAAAGUACGAAUGUUGUAACACCCAUUUUGUACCGUAUCUAGAUGUCACAGUCCAAGAUACAAGCAUGGAGGCCAGUCUGGAUCUUAAUUUUAACCAUUAGUUCAAUGUUUUGCAAAGCACAAAAGUGUCUGAAUUGAGAGAUGAGACACAUUUAUUGUGGUUAUGAAACGAGGAUUAGCCGGUAUUAUCCAUUAAUGAUUAAACAGAUUCUUCUCAUA